AUGCAAACCAGAAUGAAAUCUUAAGCCACUGAGGAGCGUAAAAAGCCCAAGCCAUCUCCUGUUGAGUCUUAGAUGGCAACAAGAAGCCAGUUGACAUAAGGUAAAGCGGGAAAUACUGGAAAAGGUGAUGGAGUACAUUAGGGUGCUGCAGAUAAGGAAGAAAUACUAGAGGAAAUCAAGAGAAUACAAGACAACAACAAUAAAAGCAACGAUUCUUCAGUCCUUUCCGAUAAGAUGAGUAUUAAUGAAUAUUAGGGAGCAGCGAUUUCAGAAAUUAAGCCAAAAAGGCAACCUCCGACGAUACAGUCUAUGAAUACCAAUGUAGUAGCUAAGCCUUAAGCGCUUCAGAUGAAAUCUUAGGCAAAUCCUAAAGGCAAACAAGCUCCAAAGACCUAAAAUAUUGCGUAAACAUCUCAAUAUGUUGGAUAAAAGAGACUCAGGGAAGAAAUAAGUGAUUUUCAAGAUUCUUCAUCUGAUAACGGACAGUAAGCUAAUGCAAAUGAAGCCCCGACUUAAUUAUAAUCAAAGAAAAGAACUAAGGUUGAACCUGAAAAGUUAGCACCUAAACAGCCUCAAAUUUAAAAGCCAGGAAAAAAAGGGAAAACCUUAACUAGAAAGAAUCUAGAAGUGCUUGAUGAAGAAAAUUAGAUUGAUUAUAUGUCUGAUGAUGCUGAAAAAGGCGAAUUCUAAUAUCAAAAGAAGAAUGAAACUUAACAAUCAUCAGCAAAUUUAGGUAAAUCCUCAAAAUCAUCGAAGAAAGCUUCAGAUCUCUACAAAUUUGAAGAGUUUAGAGGGCAAAGUUAAUAGCUUACUCUUUAAGAUCUAGAAAAUUAGUAGUAGAUUAUAGAAGGCGGUGAUAUUGAAGAUUAUUUUAAGUAGUUGCUCUAAACUCCUGGCUUUGAUAUGGGAGAUCCUUACACAUAACUUCUGUUAUAGACUUAGCUCCUUGGCAAUUAAAAUGUAGAGCCAAUUAGUUCUGCUGAGCUUCUUUAAAGUUCCAAGUAUUCUAAAAAUCUAAGCCACGUUACAAUCGCUUACUACAUAGAAAGCGAAUAAAAGAAAAGAAAACAGCAUGAUAAUAUGAUGCUCAUGCAGCAACUUCAAUAAUAGUUCGAAUCAUAGCGAGAAUAAGAUUAGAUGAUAAAUGAAAUCAAAGAUGAUGAGCAUCAUAUUGGCAAUCAUAAUCAAGGGCAUCAUUAGAAUCAAGUAGAGGAACUUGAAUAUAACUUAGAUUCCCCUGAGAGAAUCAUUUAAGAUGCAGAAAUGCAGUUAAGAUAGAUGACUCCUGAAUAAUAGAUAGCUUAUCUUACAGAUUCAUACAAUAACAGUGCUGUUAGUGAAAAAGCUAAAUAGACUCUCAAGUAGUUAUCACUUGCUAAGAUCUAAAAUAUAACUGAUUCAUAGAUGACUGAGAUUUAAACCAAACUUCAAAUGGAAAGAGAGCAAAAAUAAGAGAUAAUAAACCAAGUUUCCUCCUAGAGAAACAGUUUCUCCCCAGAUAAUAAUCACUCAUCCGCUUUGCUGAAUCCCAUGAGUAUAAUGGCUAAUAGAUUGUAGACAUCAGGUAAAUCAAAAUCUUGA